GUUGACUUGAUCACUUCCGUUCUGCCCCGAUAUUUCCGGAAGACUGGCUUGUUCGUCUUCGCCAGACGUUAUCGCACGACAUGGACAAGUCUGAGGGCCGAGAACGGCAACCGCAGGGCAGCGCGGGCUCUCUCAGCGUCAGCUCCGACGGGAAGACCGGCUCGUCCGCCGAGGCGACCUCGGGGGCGGCGGCCACCACGCCCGGGAGCACGCCUGGCAGCACCCGGUCCAGCUCGGGGCGGUCCCGAACCUCCAGCCAGGACCAGGCCAAACCCGGUUCGCCCUCCGCCUCGGCCUCGUCUUCUGUCUCAGACUCACAGGAGAACCUACAGGCGCAGGAACUCAAGGUGUUACGAGAUGCGAACUCCAAACUUGCCCAGCCAGACGACCCCCCGCUCAUGCCAGGGGAGAAACUACAGGCCAUCGCCAAGGACGUGACCUACCUGUGCCCCUUCAUGGGUCCUGUCCGCGGGGUCCUGUCUGUCACCAACUACAAGCUGUACUUCAAGGGCAACAACAGGGACCCUCCGUUCAUCGUGGACGUGCCUCUCGGGGUCGUGUCGCGUGUGGAGAAGGUCGGAGGUCAGUCCAGCCGCGGAGAGAACUCCUACGGUCUAGACGUGUUCUGUAAGGACAUGCGGAACCUGAGAUUCGCUCACAAACAGGAGAACCACUCACGCAGACUGGUGUUCGAGAAACUGCAGCAGUACGCCUUUCCUGUCAACAACAAACUGCCCUUCUUUGCUUUUGAGUACAAGGAGAAGUUCUCAACCAACGGGUGGAAGGUUUACAGCCCGGUGGAGGAGUUCAAACGUCUGGGUCUUCCCAACGAUGCUUGGAGAAUCACCAAGGUCAAUGAGAACUAUGAGUUUUGUGACACCUACCCUGGUGUGCUGUCGGUGCCGAAAGCUGCGUCUGACGAUGACUUGAGACGUGUGGGCGUCUUCCGCAGCAGGUGCCGCAUCCCGGCGUUGUCAUGGAUACACCCGGAGAGCCAGGCCACGAUCUCUCGCUGUAGCCAACCGCUGGUGGGCGUCGGCGGGAAGCGUUGCCGGGACGACGAGAAGUACCUACAGCUGAUCAUGGAUGCCAACGCGCAGUCGCACAAACUCUACAUCAUGGACGCCAGGCCUAACGUUAACGCUGUGGCAAACAAGGCGAAGGGAGGCGGCUACGAGAGCGAAGAUGCGUACCAGAAUGUGGAGCUGGUGUUCCUGGAUAUACACAACAUACAUGUCAUGAGGGAAAGCCUGCGGAAGCUGAGGGACAUGUUGUACCCCAGUAUUGAUGAUCACCACUGGCUGUCUAACCUGGAGGCCACCCACUGGCUGGAGCACAUCAAGUUGAUCCUGGCAGGAGCAGUGAGGGUAGCCGACAAGGUGGAGAGCCACAAAACAUCAGUGGUGGUGCACUGUAGCGAUGGCUGGGACAGGACAGCACAGCUGACAGCGCUGGCCAUGCUAAUGUUGGAUCCGUUCUACCGGACCAUCCGUGGGUUUGAACUGCUCAUUGAGAAGGAGUGGAUCUCAUUUGGCCACAAGUUCGCUACGAGACUGGGUCAUGGAGACAAGAACCAUGCGGACGCGGACAGGUCACCUGUGUUCCUGCAGUUCAUCGACUGUGUGUGGCAGAUCUCCAGACAGUUUCCGGUGGCGCUGGAGUUUAACGAGCAGUUCCUCAUCACCAUCCUGGACCACGCCUACAGCUGCCUCUUCGGGACCUUCCUCUGCAACGCUGAGCAGAUUCAGGACAAGGAGGGUGUGCGACAGAACACGGUGUCGCUCUGGUCGUACAUCAACGACCGCCUGGACGAGUUCCGGAACCCUCUGUACGCGGCGUACUCGCACCAGCACGUCAUCUUCCCGGUCGCCAGCCUGCGCCGCAUCGAGCUCUGGAAGGCCUACUACAUCCGCUGGAACCCCCGUAUGAGACCACAGGAGCCGCUGAGCCAGAGGAACAGGGAACUGUUGGAGCUGCGAGCUCAGCUUCAGAAGAGAGUAGAGGAGCUUCAGCAGGAGGUCGGCACCAAGAAGAGCUCGAGAGAGGGAAGCCCUGAUUCGUCGCCUACACAGGCUGUUACAGUUAGUGUGUAGCCUCCCCAGCCCUGAUUCGUCACCUACACAG